CGCGGUAGGUAAGGCGCGGUGCUGGUGGGUAAGGGCAGUGGUGGUGGUGGUGUUGGGGCCCUGCAGUGGGAUGGUGGGUGAGGUGAGCUGAUCAGUCCACACUACGUUGGCGGCUGAGUAGGAGCAACCCUGCCACCCACUUGUACAGGUCAGCCCAGAGAAGUGCAGCCAUGGCGAGUGUGUCCUGGACGUGCCUGCUGGUGGUGGCGGUGGUGGCGAUGAGGACAGGACCGGCUUCCUCCCAGGAUUUCCCCUCUGCCGCCGCGAGCAUCGCCAAUCCCGGUUUCCCCUGCGGGGAGCCCUACGGACCCAAUGGGGAGCCGCCAACAGGUAGGAGGGUAGCGCGGCAGAUUAUCUUUCCUGACGAAGAGGUCUACCACUACUACUUGGCCCAGCUGAUGCACCGGGGCAACCCUGACACACGCGAAGGCCAGUUACCUCCCGAACCUGUGGAUGGAAGUGCCUUGUUCUGCGGUGCCUCUAUCAUCAGCGACCGGUUCCUCAUCACAGCUGCACACUGUAUAUAUGAAGCGCCCAACCCGGUGAACACAGUGCGGGUGGGGGACAUCAACCUGAGGUCAGACAGCGAGAGUAACUCCAAGCCCGUGGAUCACGAGAUUGCCCUCAUCAUCACCCACCCAGGCUACGAUCCAGACAAGAGCAUACGUCACAACGACUUGGCGCUGCUCAUGACCAAGGAGAAGAUACAGUUUAAUGAUAUUGUCUUCCCGUACUGCAUCUCUGACCAGCCUCCAGCCCCAGGAACUCAAGUCACCAUCUCUGGCUUUGGACUCUUUAAUGCCACGACCAAGCCUGACCACUUACUCGAGGCAAACUUCACGGUGAUGGAUACUGCCGAGUGUGAGAACAUCUUCAAGAAGCAUGAUCAAGAGGCUUUCCUCAGAGUCAGGUACCCAAACCUACUGCAGAGAACUGACAUCAUCUGCGCCAUAGACGAAGUGUCUAGCGCCUGUCAGGGAGACUCUGGAGGGCCGAUGUUCCUGGUAAAAAACAGAAAGCGCUACUUGGAAGGCGUCGUGUCAGGAGGAGCCAGCUGCCGCGCGAACUUCAAGUCGGUGCUGCCUGGCCUGUACAUCAGUUUGGCCAGGCACGUGCACUUCAUCAGCGAUUAUGUGCUCGGCCAGCCGAUUGAUAAUGUGACGCUUAAUGUGCCGUGUGUGUGUGUGUGUGUGUGUGUGUGUGUGUGUGUGUGUGUAAGGGUUAGGUAUGUAUUUACUUCUGAACAGAACACAUUCCCCUUUCCCAGUAUCCUUCUCAGUACGAAGCAAAUGACAGCCUCGUGUGUCUGAUAUUCUGAGAUGCAACAGCUUGACUCACUUCUACUUUUUUGUCCAAGGAAGGUGCAUGAGAGGUGUUAUUGUGAGGAACACGCUCAAUGGUUUUUGUUACAUCGUUUUCUGUUAUUGUAAUAAAAUAAAUGCGAUUGUUAUGGAGAAUAA